UUUUAUUAUGCAGGCUGCGCUCGUGCGUAAGAGCAGCGGGCGCGUGCGUGAAGAGGAAGAGCCGUGAGUCUCUCCAAAAUGGCGACGACCAUAGAGAGUGGCAAUGCAGGAGCUGCAAAUAAGAAAAAACAUCUCGGAAUCCCCGAAGCAAUAUUUGUGGAAGAUGUGGAUGCAUUCAUGAAGCAGCCGGGCAAUGACACAGCAGACGCCGUGCUGAGGAAGCUGGAUGAACAGUAUCAGAAAUAUAAAUAUAUGGAGCUCAAUCUGGCUCAGAAGAAACUCAGGUUGAAAAGCCAGAUCCCACAAAUCAAACAGACGUUAGAAAUCCUACGGCACAUGCAGAAAAAGAAGGACACUACAGACCCCAUGGAGACACAUUUUCUGUUGGCUGAUAACGUCUAUUGCAAAGCCUCUGUCCCACCCACAGACAAAGUGUGUUUGUGGCUUGGGGCUAACGUCAUGUUGGAAUAUGAUAUUGAUGAGGCCCAGGCGCUGCUUGAGAAAAACUUGGCUACAGCUUCCCGGAAUCUGGACUCUCUGGAAGAGGACCUCGACUUCCUUAGAGACCAGUUCACAACCACUGAAGUCAAUAUGGCACGUGUUUACAAUUGGGAUGUCAAGAGAAGGAGCAAAGACAACCUCCUCAAAUCUGCUGAGCGGUCCUAGAAGAGGAGGCCUAGUUUGGUCCCACCCAAAAUACUUCCCCAUCAGAACAUUCACCCCAUGUAUUUGUUUGCACCAACACCAACUGUUAUCUAUUGAUUUAUUACUUUUUAAAGUAUUUUUUCAAGUAAAAAGGUGAAAAAACUUCAAACAAAAGUAA